GCAAAACAGAAACCUGUCUUGUAGGGAGCCUGCUGCUUGGCCAAGUUUGGGAGAUGGCAGGGAAAGCUUGUGGGAGAAACUGGGUCCAGUCCUGCAAGGAGCAAUUAUCAGCAGGCUGAUUUGGCCUGAGGAUCACCGCCACAGAGUAUUUGCACACUGUAAAUCAACUGCCAGCACUGGGCAGAGCUGACAGCCUUUGGAAAUGCUCCAAUGGUGUCAGAGCACUGACUGCACCGAGCACGCCCUACUACAGAUAGUAACAGGGCCGCAGCCACAGUUCCAGGCAACCCUGAAAACUUCGCAGCCAGAAUGGGCCCACACAGUCCCUGCCCAGGAUUCUCCUCCCUGUGUGUGGGAAGCGGCACUUGUACAAAAAGCUCCAGCCCACAUGCAAACAGUGUGAAGCAACCUGGGGCCACGGGGCAGAUGAUUGCCCUCACGGCGUGCAGACAGGUCUCCCGCUGUUGGCAGGGCUGGCUCUCCCGCGUCGGCCUCGCUUGGCAGCCCCUGCAGAUCCCUGGGGUGCCCACAUCUCGCAGCCUCGCUUCCACAGCAACCUCCAUCCGCUUUUCCCCAGCCACCCGCAGCCUCUUCGAUGAGCCGCUGGGCAUCGCCGUGCAGGGCCUCAGCCCGCGGCAGCAGGUCACCCUGCGGGCGUCCCUGCGGGACGAGGCGGGCGAGCUCUUCGAGGCCCACGCCCGGUACCAGGCGGCGGAGGACGGGGAGCUGGACGUGGCCCGCUGCCCCGCGCUGCCGGGAGGCAGCUUCAGCGGCCUGGAGCCCAUGGGGCUGCUGUGGGCGCUGCAGCCCCGCAAGGCCUUCUGGCGGCUGGUGAAGAAGGACGUGCAGACCCCUUUCCUGCUGCGGCUGGAGGUGCUGGAGGGCCACGGGGAUGACUCCGGGCGGCUCCUGGCCCAGGCCCAGCACGAGCGGGCGUUCCUGCGCGACGGGGUGCGCAGGGUGCCGGUGCGGGACGGGAGGAUCCGGGCAACGCUCUUCCUGCCCCCCGGACAAGCCCCCUUUCCAGGAGUCAUAACCAUAGAUGGACUUGGAGGAGGCCUUUGUGAGCACAGAGCCAGCCUGCUGGCCAAUCAUGGCUUUGCCACACUGGCCCUGGCUUAUUAUCAAUAUGAGGAUCUGGUUCAGAAGCCAACCAAACUCCAUCUGGAAUAUUUUGAAGAGGCAUUGAACUACAUGCUGCAGCACACACAGGUAAAGGGACCAGGGAUCGGCCUGCUCGGUUACUCCAAAGGAGGUGAUCUGUCUCUCGCCAUGGCUGCCUUCCUGAAGAAUAUCACAGCAGUAGCUUCCAUUAAUGGCCCUGUGGCCAUUACAGCUUUUCCUCUCUGCUACAAAGAUAAAACUAUUCCCGCUUUGAUUUAUAAGGAAAACCUUACCAAGGUUUAUGAUAACAAUAUCCUUGAUUAUUCUGAUGUUCUUGAUGACCCCUUUAAAGCCCCUGGCAACCAAAGCCUGAUCCCAAUAGAGAAUGCUGAGGCACAUUUACUAUUAAUUGCUGGACAAGAUGAUCAUAUUAUCCACAGUAAGUAUUAUGUCACUGAAGCCUCCAAAUAUUUGCAGGCUCAGGGGAAGGAAAAUGUUCAGACACUCAUUUAUCCUGGAGUAGGGCACUGCAUUGACCCUCCCUUUUCCCCUUUUUACCCAAUAGGAAAACAUCCAGUUUUUCACAAACGAGCUGUCCUGGGUGGAGAGCUCACAGCUUACUCUAAGGCACAGGUUCAUGCUUGGCUACAGAUACGGGCUUUUUUCCACAAACAUUUAAAUGACAAGUGAUGCAUGUACAAGAAACGCACAACUUUGAACAAACAUCUGAUGAAUUAUUUUACAGUUAUCAGGUCAAUUCCCUUUCCCAGCUGUACCAAUACAGCUACAGUGUCUUCAGUGACUUUGCACAACCAUAACUCAGAAAAAAAUUGGUUUUCAUUUUGUAUUACAUUUUUGGUCAAGUGUCAAGAAAAGGAAGGGAGAAUAGGUGAUAGGAAAAAUAUUCAGUUAUUUUUCUCAUCUGUUUUCUAUUUUUAUAUUUGACUGUGCUUUUCACAUUACUGUGGCCUCCACAUGCAUAUGCUAUCCACGACUCAUACUUCAAAGCCAGACCUUUCAAACACUAAUUUUGGUGCAUGGACUUCACUAUUGUUAUGGUAAAAAAUCAUAAAUGAAAAUGUUUCUGAACUCCAAGAUGCUGGAAGUGUGCAAUAAUGGAUGUUAUGGUGAGGAUGUCAUGGUCUCUCUGGUUAGCCUUCUGGAAGGGUUAUUUGUCUUCUAUUUCCAUCUCCCCUUCAGUAGAAAGUGCUCUGCUUCAUGUAUACUUCCAGCUCUAACAUGUCAUGCAAAAAGCCAAAUUUACAAUCAUUGUGAUCGUCUCCCAUAAAAUGUGGAAACUUUGCAGCUUUGUUAUUAGAGCUGGUUGAGGUCAGACUAAUGAGGGAACGGAACUAGAGCAGCUCAUACAGGAACCAAAGGCAUGAAGGGACCCUUCCGCCGAGUCAUGAGACUCAGAGUGCAUUCUAUACUCCUUUUGGUGGCCUACGUGCAGCUAGAUCCAGUCUUAGUCUCAGUCUUGGUCAGUGGUUCACAUCUUAACAGAGUUUCUCCCAUCCACAACUAACGAGAUAGUCACAAACAAUUACAGACAAAUUAAAAUUAACUCUCCAAACAAUUAAGACUUUACAUUUACCCCAAUAAACAAGAUCUUCCUACAAAUUUAUCAGUUUCAAUUAAAUUUACUUUAUCGUUUUUUCAGGUUCUGGACUGACUUGUAUUUAAAGUCAAAGUGGUAAUGUCAGAGUACAGCAAAGAGCCUGCAAACAAUCCUCACUGAUAUCCCAAUAGGGAGUGCUUUUUCAAGUGCUUUACCAUUUUUUAGGGCUGCACUUGGGAUCCUCAGGAGCCAGGCUGUAAUUCUUUCAAGCUAUAGCACAAAAUGAGCCAUUUGAGUCAUGGCACCGUGACUGCCAGAAGAUGUGGAGACUCCAAGUGUGUAAUAGCCCAAAUACAAAUUAAGAUGGAUCAGAAGAAGCCUUAUUGACUACAGUCACAUAAGAAAACACUGGGGCAGCAUCAGCUCCUCUGCUCCCCUCUUCUGUCAGAUGUCUGCAGAGACCUCUCUUAAGUACUGUUUCCAAUAAAGGAAAGAGGUGAGGAAAAUCCUUCUAAUGUUAGCGAAGUUAGUUGUCUAUAUUCUUGGGAAAAACAAAUUCUAUACAACUAUGAAUACGUCUGAAAGGCCAAAUCCCUCCAUGCCUAGCAGGGAUGCAGUCCUUUAGGAGCUUGUUAGCUGACAAAACAGAGAGGGCUCUUUGAUAGUCCUGUAGGAGAGGCACACUGGUAUUAGCUUAGUUCACAACUGGAGGUAGCAGUGGGCGUUGGAAAUGAUCACAGACUGCUAGCUUUUGUUUGGAUAAAAUUCUCAGCCAUUCCUUUCAAAUGUUACGUAUCAGUAACUUUAUCACUGUACUCAACUGCUCUAGAUCUGUUGCCAAAUUAGUCUGACCUCAACUAGAACCUCAACUAGAUCAAGAAGAGUGUGACUUUAGCAGACCCCUACUGUGUGUGUCUCCUUCCUUGGCUCAUAGCCACUGUACAAGCCAUAUCAUUGUGAAUAAAAUGAGAGCAGACACUCAAGCCUCAGGUGGGAGAUUAAAUGCAUUGGUCUUAGUGGGACUGAAAUGCAGGCUGAGACCCUGGGAGGGCUGUCAUCUCAAUUAGUGUGAUUAAAAUUUGGGCUGAGAUUUGAACAGCAAAUCAACAUCUUUAUACAAAAAUAAGUCUUACAAGUAAAUAGAAGGUACAUUUAAAAUUACAGGCUGACAAAAGUCAUUUUGGUGAGGAUAAUACACAGGCUGGGAUACCCUGAAAUUUGACCUUAUGGGAUGUGUGUGUGUGAAACUGAGUACAGGUGGGCACUGGACUGUCCAAAAUGAGGGAGGUUGCCCUUAAUGGUGGCCCAGCCCAAUACAAAGAUUACUCUCAAAGUUACUCAAAGUAAAUUGGCAAUGUUGUUGGUCUUUUUGUUUGUUUUGUUUUCAUAAUGAAACAGCUAUA